CAAAAAUUGUCUUCAUGUUUGGAAUUUUGUACGCUAGUUAUGCAAUGAAGUGACAGAAUGCUGAAGUAUUAUCUGAUAGCCACAUUGGCUCGACUGGGUCUCAUUGGUUAUGGACAAUGGCAGGACUCCACGAUGGCCGUUAAAUUUACAGAUGUUGAUUAUUAUGUCUUCACGGAUGCCACUGCAUUUGUGGCUCAGGGAAAAUCACCAUACGAAAGAUCAACAUAUCGAUACACACCACUUCUUGCAUACAUUCUUCUUCCAAAUAUGUGGACUCCAGUAUUUGGCAAACUACUCUUCGUUUUCUUUGACAUCUUAACUGGAAUUCUUAUUAACAGACUUCUGCAUUCGACAGGCUGUUCAGCUAAAAUGGCUGCCAUAUGUUCUAACCUGUGGUUGCUGAAUCCUUUAACAAUGACUGUAUCGUGUCGCGGAAAUGCUGAAUCACUCAUGUCAUUUUUAGUGAUUCUGACUUUGUUAAUGCUUCAUCACCAACAGACAUUCGUUGCCGCAGUGACUUACGCUAUUGCAGUUCAUUUUAAGAUAUACCCUGUGGUGUAUGCCUUACCAAUCUAUCUGUUGCUUGGAAGAGGAGGUGGUACCAAAGUGGAUCCCCAAAAGAACCUGAACAGUAUUUUUAGCAAGUUUCUGCUCCAACUACUGCCAAACAGAAACAGAGGCGUCUUCCUUGCAGUGGGAGUCGCUAUCGUUGGAGGAUUAACAUCUUUAUUUUAUAGUUGGUAUGGAUGGAAGUUCCUUUUUGAGACGUAUCUCUACCAUGUAGUGAGACGAGACGUGCGGCACAACUUCUCUCCGUACUUUUACAUGCUGUAUCUGUCUGGGGAAUCAGAGACGUCUCUGCCAGUCAAAGUACUGGGAUUUCUUCCACAAAUCCUACUCCUCUUAAUAAUAUCAUGCAAGUUUUAUAGAGACCCGUCAUUCUGCUGGUUCCUCAACACCUUUGCAUUUGUGGCUGCUAAUAAAGUGUGUACAACACAGUAUUUUCUUUGGUACCUAUGUUUGCUGCCUCUGGUGGUACCUAGAAUAAAAAUGAACCUCGGCAGAGCAAUUUUUCUUACAUCUCUAUGGUUUUUAUCACAGGGUUUAUGGUUGUUGCCAGCAUACUACCUCGAGUUUCAAGGAUUGAACACAUUUCUUUUCAUAUGGAUGGCUGGACUUGUAUUUUUUGUUGUUAAUAUGUAUAUUAUGUACUCACUAAUUGUGUGUUAUAAACCAGAGGAUCAGCCAUUUGUGCAGCUCAAAUACAUAGAAAGCGGACAAAGAACAUGUUAUUAAUAAUAUAAAAGAAAUGUGCAACUGUACAGGUUUGAAUGGGUAUGUUGUGAUUUCAGAAAUAUCCAUUAAAAAAAACAAUUGGUAAUGGAAAAUGACUAAACAGUUAAGUGUUAUUUCAAAGUUGAAUAAUAGCAGCUACCCAUAAAUAUUAUAUAUUAACCUUUGUUAAAAUAUUCAACCGAUAACCCACAAAAAAUGCUCCGUAUGCGAAUUUGGUAUUACAGUAAAUUGCAGCUUGAUAUCUUUAUAUUAAAUAAAAUUACUGACAUUAAAAAAUCGCUCGAAACCACUAUAUAGUUGCAAUUGUAAAAUAUAGGACAACCUGGAUUUCUGCCAGAGGGUAAAACGGGUAUGUUGCCAUACCCAAAUAUGUUUGCAGAUUAUUUUUUUUUAAGUUAACCUUUUGACAAAAUUAAUUUUAUCAUUACUGUAUGAUUUUCUUAACCCUAACCCUAAACUUAACCCAUUUUAUUACUGGGGGAGGCCCCCAAUACCCUGUUGACUGGGUGCAUUCAAUUCUAUAGCGCCAUAUCCAAACAUUUCUUUCUGGCAGAAACACUGGGACAACGGACCCUGCAUUUGAUCAGCUAUAUGCUUUAGAUAUUACUAGUGCUUCAUGACUGGUAUGUCAGCAUCUGUGGUAUGUGUUAUCCUGUAAGAGAGAAAUAUUAAUAGCCAUAUUAAAGAUCCCUUUGUGCUAAUUAGUAAAGCUGCUCAUAUUGCAGUGGUUUCCAAUUUCUCUCUAACACUGGCAGAAAGUAGCUCAAUGGUUAAAUAGCUUGCCUGAUUUGCAAUGGGUUGUAGGAUCGAUCCCCUCGGUGGACCUGAUGUUUCUCAUCCCCACCAAUUCCAUAUUAAUGGUAUAUGAAAGGCCAUGGUAUAUCAGCACUGUCCUGUCUGGAGGGAAAGGUUUAUAAAAUGUUCAUCAAGCAGCAGUUUAUUAUCCUGCCCCAGUGUUAAAAUAACCAUAUGUUAGAACACCAAAUAAUGUUGUUAACAUUUCUUUCAUUUUGUCUAGAAAUUCAGUUAUAUUAUCAUCAUCAUCAUCAUCAUCAUCAAAAGCAUGAAUGUAUAUAAAAGAAAUGACAAACAUAAUCACUUCAGUUUUUUAUAUUUCAAUAAACUGAUCACAUGA